AUGGUCGUCUCCGCAGUCCCCACAUCCCAGAAGGUAGCAGCGAUCACCGCCGUUUCCGACCCCCCAGUCCUCUCCGUCCUCGCAGACUACCUCGUCCCCGAUCCAGCCACCCUCCUCCCCUCCCAAGCCCUCAUCCGUAUCACCCACUCGGGCGUCUGCCAUUCCGACCUACACAUCGCCGCAGGUCAUUGGCCUGCAGCGCCCCCGCCCCUCAUCGGCGGACACGAGCGCGUCGGCAUCGUCGUCGCAUUCGGCCCUGGCGCGGAACCGUUCAACGGCUCCCUCAAGGUCGGCGCGCGCGUUGGCGUCAAAUGGCUCAUCGACGCCUGCGGUCGCUGCGAGGUCUGCAGGAAGGGCUCUGACCCGCACUGUCCCUUCCGAAAGCUCUCCGGUCACACUGUGAACGGCACCUUUUGCGAGUACAUGGUUGCUUGGGCCGACCACCUGAUCCCCAUCCCGGAGGGCCUCUCUAGCCAAGACGCCGCCCCCGUCCUCUGCGCGGGGCUCACCGUCUACAGCGCCCUCAAGCACGCCAACCUCGCCGUAGGCGACUGGGUCGUCGUUCCGGGUGCAGGUGGCGGCCUCGGCCAUCUCGCAAUUCAAUACGCCCUCGCUAUCGGUCUACGCGUAGUGGCCAUCGACUCGGGCGCGGAGAAGAAGUCCCUGUGCCUCGCCCUGGGCGCCGACAGUGCGUCCCAGCCCCCUCUCUGCCUCUUCGUGAUCGAGACUAAGCUCCUGCAGGCCGCAGCGUACAACAACGCGCUCGCCUACCUCCGCCCGCUGGGCACGCUCGUCGCCAUCGGCAUGCCCACCGCGUUCACGUUGCACGUCCCACUUGACCUUCUUGUCGCCAAGGGAUUACACGUCGUCGGGUCCGUGUUGGGGUACGUUCUCCCCCACCUCGGGAGUGCAAUUCCUCUACGUUUUUCGCACGCGCAUGAGGCCCUCGACUUCGUCGCGCGCGGCAGGGUCAAGUCGCACCAGACUCCGCGCAAGCUGGAGGAUAUCAACGCGGUAUUCCGCGAGAUGGAGGCUGGGAACUCCGUCGGGCGCGGCGUCAUCCAGAUGGAGCAUUAG